AUGGACAAGAGCAAGGAUCUCAACCUAGCCGUGACGGAUUUUGCUUCAUCGGAUGGCUCCAAAAACAGCAACUUGCCCUCUCCGGGCCGCAAUCCAAAGUUCACCCCCAUCGCCCUUCGAGCGCCCACUCGCACUUCGAUCGAUCUCGACGACUAUUUUGUCGGCCCACGGGACAUGAACCAUCAUUCAAAAUGGCCCUACUUCCUUCGUCUACAUGGCAGCGUGCUACCUAAGAUGAUACUGCCUCUCACUUUUGUCGCCGCCUGGGCCACGGCCAUCACAUGCAUAUCGAAAUUCGUUUAUGUGCUAGGCAUUAAUUCGGUCCUGCUGACCAUCACGGGUUUCGUGGUCGGUCUGGCACUAUCCUUCCGCUCCACCACCGCCUAUGAAAGAUAUAGUGAAGGAAGAAGAUACUGGGCACAGCUUGUGGUGACGUCGCGGAAUCUAGCGCGGCUGAUCUGGGUUCAUACCUCGGAACGACACGACAUCAGCGAAGAGCAGGGAAAGGCCGACCUUCUGGCCAAACUCACAGCGUUGAACCUCAUCAACGCGUUUGCAGUGGCACUAAAACAUCGUCUUCGGUUCGAGCCAGCUGUGGAUUAUCCUGAUCUCCAACCGUUGAUUGGACACCUACAGACUUUGGCCAGCCAGGCCGACCAGACGCCCUUGAAGCCGAAGCAGUACAGUCGCUGGAAAGCAGUCGGGGAAUACCUGGGCAUCUCUUUUGCCGAGUCUAACCCGCGGAAGCUGAUCAAGAGAUCGCGCGACAAUCUCGGCAACCUCCCACUGGAGAUCCUGACCUAUCUCUCCGCAUAUAUGGACGAGGUGAUGGAAAAUGGCCAGCUGAAGAUGCCGGUGCAUCAAACUCACGCCAUGAACAACAUUACUGCUCUGGCCGAUGUCCUUACCGGCACCGAACGCAUCCUGACCACGCCUGUACCAAUUGCGUACUCGAUCUCCAUCUCCCAGAUCACAUGGGUGUACAUCCUCGUCCUGCCGUUUCAACUGUACAACUCGCUGGGCUGGGUGUCGAUUUUCGGCACGGUGUUGGCGGCGUACAUUAUCCUUGGACUGGCGGCAAUUGGCUAUGAGAUUGAAAACCCGUUCGGCAACGACGUCAAUGAUUUACCAUUGGACAGUUAUUGCCGCGAACUGGCCAGUGACAUUGACGCUCUGACGAGCAUGCCGGCCCCCAAGGCCGAGUCGUUUGUGUCGACCGCCGAAAACAAGGUGCUGUUUCCGUUGAGCAUGAGCGACUACCACAGUUGGAACACACGGACGGUGCCUGAAAUCCGGGCAGCGUUGAGGGCCAAGGCGACCACGGCGGCCACAUCGGUCGAUUUCCAGCGAGCAAAGGCCCAGUCUGAGAGUACGGAAGAUAGCAAGGAGGCGAAGCAAGUGGAGAUCAACAAGCAGAUUUCCGAUGCGGAUGCUGUAUAG